AUGGCUUUGAUUAUGGCUAGGAGGUCUGUGGCAGCCCAUAUGCAGUGCGGAACUCAUGAUCCUUCAUCUUUCGAGCUCAAGCUCGAUCAGUUGCGCACUCACAAUUUCAAGCAUUCGGAGCGCGGACGCAAGCUCAUUGCCGAUUCAUGUGAGGAGCUGUGUGUACAAUGCGUUGACAUCGACGUAUACUUUCAUCUAUCAGCGAUUCCCCAGACGAGCACUAGUGAUUACAUUCUACCUCAACCAAUCGAAAGCGUUUCUCGCUUUGUGAGAGAGGACCCCACGCUGAUUCGGGGCGAUUUUUCGACGGUAGCAGAAAUCUAUAGUUUGAUCGAGGACAACAUGCGCGUCUUGAACGAGCGCUUUGCCGAAUCUCCUUUCUCAUUUACCUGGAGGAACUCCAAUCCUAUCAACCCCAGCGUAUCUGCAGAUCUUUCGUUCGCUCAGCUCGACAUCAACAGCAUUUUCAAUGACGACAGUGUAGUGAAAGAGCUACAUACCGGUGAUUCCACCACACUAAACGUCUUUCUAACGUACGCACAAUGUUCCGACGAUGCCGAUCCACGGACUGGACAAAUCACGACAAACUGCGAUAUCCUGGGAGCUGCUGUAUUUCCAAGCUACCAGCAGGCGAAUCGCGAUAUUGACGGCGUGUACGUAAACUACAGUACACUCACCGGAGGAGGGUUUCCUCAAAAUGACGAAGGCCUAACGUUGGUGCACGAGGUUGGACACUGGCUCGGACUGUACCACACCUUCCAAGAAUCAGCAAGCGCCAGUGAUCCUUGCUCGCCAUCUAACGAGAACGACUUCGUGGCAGAUACUCCGACGCAAGCGGGAUCGUCCCAGUCUCUGUACGAGUGCUCAUUGACUCACUACGAAGGUGAAAGCUUGCCGGACUCAUGCCCCGACCUUGCCGGAAGCGACCCCGUGUUCAAUUACAUGAAUUACGUCAGUGACGAAGCGUGCUGGCCUCCUGGUGUUGGUGAGUUUACGUGCGGACAGUACGAGCGUAUGUACACGCAAUGGCUACUGUAUCGCCAGCACAACGAGACCUGCCAGUCGAACGAAAUGGAGAUUAAAAUCGUGGUCGAGUUCAACCGGUUCUUUCAGCGCGAAAAUGUCUUUUACCUCUUCAACGAUGCAGAUGAAGUCCUGCUCAACUCUACUCGAGACUUUGAUAGCCUGCUGACAGGGAUAGUGCAAGACCAGUUGCGUGUCGAUUUUUGUGCACCUCGUGGAACGUAUCGCCUGGUCUUUCUCGACACGCUUCAGGACGGUUUCGAGGAGGGGGGUGCCUAUGAAGUCUAUGUUGAUGGGAGUCUUGUGGAUCGAGUUGUGGGUGACUUUGGUAGAUCUUCCGUCACUGAGUUUGGCCCUCCAGACGCCAUAGACGCUCCGAGUCGUAUUCCAAGUAGGGCGGAGGCAACCGCUCCAACAGUCUCUCCCGUAUUUCUGUCACCAACGUUGAUGCCAACAAAUCUUCCAUCUAUUGCUCCCGUUCUUCUUUCCUCUGCAGCUCCAAGCACAUCUCCAACAAAAAACCCGGGCGGAACAGUAACCGAAAUUCCAAUCGCUGGUGAGAUAGGAGCGACAUCAAUACCAACUCUGACUUCACCACAUGUCCCAAAAGUAGCAAGUAUCACUUCAGUGCCGAUUGGGUUGAGUCAUACAGAACCUGAGCUCCCAAGCGGUGUCAGAAACAAAUGGCAUUUUUGCACUCUGGUACUCUCUGUGCUGGUGUUGAUCCCCAUUCCAUAUCUGUAGAAAAACCUAGUACCAACAGCAAGAACUCUCUUUUCAGUGCUCGUACCACGUCCUUUACGUAUGAGGGAGAGGCAUGCUUGCGGUGAAACUCGUCUCACAAGUCCUUUCGAGGCGUAUUCCCGUUCCCCCCACUUGUGAUGCUCUCGCGCGUCAAACAUUUGAUGUCGCGUAAGUCCGACGCUGCAACGUGAUUGCACAAUAGCCUGAAUCAUACUAGCCCAGUAUAUUGCCUGUCCUGGAGUGGUCGGAUGAACGAAGCAAGAUCUCAGAAAAAUUUUACAUAUGAAAUGUAUGUCGAUGGAAGUCUUGUGGAUCGAGUUGUGGGAGACUUUGGCGAUACAACCUUCACUAAGUUUGGCCCUCAGGGUGAGACGGAGACCUUGACUUCAUGCCAUCUACGGCUGCUAUUGCAGGAACAUCAAGCCCAUUUUGUACCCCUUCAAGUGCCCCACUUGCUUUUGAUGUAUCUAGCCCUACUGGCGGGGUAGUUGCCUCAACGUCGCCAGUGUUGACCCUGGCGCUGGCCAGCAAUGUGAGAGAAUUGGGUUUUACACACACUUUGGCCACCGGGGUAAUCGGGCUGGCCAUCACUUUAUUGUGGUAGCCCCAUGCUUGCAUGAUUUAUCCGAGAGCAGAAUUUGAGGCAUCUCAUCGACUUACAGAAAAUUUCCAUUCGAAUUCAAUGCAAAAACGAUACUUUAAACUAGCAGACCUCCUUGUACAACGAGAAGCCGUUCCCAUGAUCGUCUUUUCGAAAUGUGUUCCCAUUCGUCUCUG